CGUCCCCUCAAUCUCGGUGUCCCCCGAAACGAUGCAUACAGAACUACCGAGCUCCUUCGCGUCGCUGAGGUCCCGAGUCUGGGGUAGCUUCCCCGCAGAGCCAAGCCAGCUGUCGUCUGAAGUUGCCUAAGCUACCGUCUAUACCAUUGCCCACGGGAGAAAUGGUAUAUAACGACAGACGAGAGAAGAGGAGAGGAGACAUCCCAGCGAGGCUCAUGAAGUCGUGCCCUCAUCUUACCGCACACAAUUCCAUCCUUUCAGCAACCGAUCAUCAUGGCAGCAGCCAAAGCCACCGCCAAAGCCACCGACAAAUCGUGCAUCAGCCACGUCGAGGAUAUUGAAGAGGGCCAGAUGGGCGACAAACCCGAUGUGGUGACUGGCACGGUUAAGCUCACCGAGGGCUCGAUCGUGUACAUUCCCACUCCCACCGCGGAUCCUCAAGAUCCUCUCAAUAUGCCCAAAUGGCAGAAGAUGGUGAUACUCGUGGUAAUCUCGAUCUUCUCAACGCUAGGGCUGGCCCUUGUGUCUGGGUUUGGGGGUCUGUUGGGAUUCUACAUCCCCGAGUAUAGCGCUGUCGGCAAAGGAUACGAUGAUAUCACCCAUCUGAUGACCUAUCCUACCCUGGUGCUGCACAGGGGCAUUGGCAAUCUCAUCGGAAUGCCCCUGGCAAUAGGCGUGGGUCGACGAAUCGUCCUCCUAGGAUCGACUGUCAUCCUCGUCAUCGGUGCGGUCCUCUGUGCCACGGCCAAAGACUUCGAGUGGCACUUAUCCUCGCGGAUGGUCGUGGGUCUUGCAGCUGGGCAGAGUGAGGCCCUAGUGCCCAUGAUUACGCAGGAGAUCUUCUUCCUGCACGAGCGGAGCAAGGCCCUGAUGGGCCAGAUGGCCAUCCAGGUGACUCUCACCUCCGUGUGGGUGUUGUGUGCCUCCCCCAUUGCGGAAGCCAUCACGCCGCAAUGGUGGUACGGGCUGGGCGCUGCUCUGGCCGGCGUGCUCCUCGUGUUGGCUUUCUGCUUCCUUCCGGAGACCAAGUAUGAACGGCCGGCGAGCUCUUACCAGGGCGAGGGGACACCCGAGGAUGUCAAGGUGGGGGAUCCACCCACGGAAACCUGCACCGAGCGUCCAGCGCUGGACUUUGACACUUACGCACCCCGAACGUGGAAGUCUGAUCUCCGCCUGUGGGUUGGCAGUCCAGACUGGACGAAGGUUCUGGAAGUCUUCCGGCAAACCUUCUCGCUUCUCCUCUUCCCCAACGUCCUCUGGGCCCUCCUCCUCAACGGCCUCACCAUCGGCGUCAAUGUGGCCAUCGGCACGACCUACAGCACCAUCCUCUCCGCAGCCCCUUACAACUGGCCCGACAGCAGCGCCAGCUACGUCAACUGCGGCCAGAUCAUCGUGGCGCUGAUCGCCCUCCCGCUGCUGGGCCACGGCUCCGACUGGCUGAUCCGGUACUUCGCGCAGCGCAACGGGGGCCUCCACGAGCCCGAGACGCGCAUCAUCCCGUUGAUCCUUCCCAUCAUCGUGGGGGUUGUGACAGCGGUGUUCUACGGCCAAGGAGCCGCCCACCCGUACGAGUAUCACUGGUUCAUCUAUGCGUGGACCGUCGCCGCGUACUACUUCUGCUUUGUCGGGGCCAACAUCGUGGCUAUCACCUAUCUGCUGGACAGCUACCCGACGCGUGCGGGCCCCCUGCUGGUAAUCAUUUGUGCCUUCCGGGGGAUCAUCUCCUUUGGCACGAGUUAUGGGGUUGCCCCGUUCAUCGAGCGAAAUGGCUAUGAGGGGACGUUUGGGACGUUUGCGGGGUUGACGGGGGCUUUGGGGUUGUUGGGCGUGCCGGUAUUCAUCUGGGGGAAGCGCAUUCGGCAGUUUACUGGGAGGUUUAUCAAGGAUUAGAGUUGAGGCUUGAGUUUGGGACAGUACUUGUUUGGUCGUGAUGGCUCUUGAGGAGUAUUUCCGUCCAAGUGAAGCGAGAAUGCGUGCAUGUUAUACACUUCAGUAUGAAGGUGAUGAAUUCUAUCUCAUCUAUCAUGUAAACAUGUGUGUACAAUCUUCCAUUUGUGGAAACCACCGUGGCUGUACACAUAAGAACUGCCCCUGCUGUAGCCGAUCAGGUAAUGUACAGGCAGGCGUGUAGGACGUAUAAGUGCUUUGUAUGUCCUGCACAGUACCCGGCUGCCAGGGCGACGGGUGUCCCCAGGCGACCAGUACUUCACCCCAGAACUCUCACACCCCGUAGGCGCCAUAUUUGCCAGUUGCAUGUUCUGAGAAGAGCUCAUUCGACCGGUCCUGGUCGCUUUCGCCUGUAUGAACAUAGGCAGAUCUCACUGAUUCCCGUGCAUUGAAGGAGUUCUUUACUUCGUAUCGUCUCA